AUGUCGCCGAAGCUGCCGGUGCCCGGAGCUCGCUUCGCCGAUCGUUCGACGGGCGACGUCCGACGCCCGAGAGAGGGGCGACGUGCCACACAGUCCAGGAGAGGCAAAGCUGAUGCCAGAGACUCCCCAGAGCAGGACACCUUCAACCGAACGCGUUCGCCAUCGGACGACGCCUUGGAGCCCGGCGAUGAAGGGGAUUUCAUGGAGUUUGAUGAAGAGGAUGAUGAAGACUGGGAUGAGGAGUCCUUCGCGAUGCGCUUCGAGGAUGAUGAGUUCCAGGAAAGCGCCAGUGUCCGGCCUCCACCUGGUCUGGAGGAGUUUGAGGAGGACUGGGAUGACCUCGACGAAGGCUUCGGCAUGCCUUUCUCCGAAGAAGACGACGGGGCAACUGAAGGCGACGAGAACCGAGAGACCUCUGGCUUCGUGGGGAGCGUCUUCGACGGGAUGGACGCCCCUGCGGGCGCUCAAGUGACCUCGAUUCCCAGCUAUGAAGAGCUCAGUCUUUUGUACGACGACUUUCCGGUGCAAGGCCAAACCGUCCAGAAGGAGCCCGAGAAGCCCACACCGACUCCGGAGGUGGCACUGAAAGAGAAAGAGCCAUCGCGCGCGAAGAGGACCUUGGAAUACAUGGAGGAGAGAGAAUAUGAGGUCAUUGCGGAGGGCAUUGCGGUGCGGACGCUGCCGGACGAGCGGUCGCCACGCACGGGAGAGAUCCUCCGGCAAGGGGAGAAGUUUACCGCCAUCGAGGCCCAGGACGGCAGAGGCAAUGACCCCCGUUUGUACCUACGGCUUCCGGAAGGUCGUGGAUGGGUCUUCAAUGAUGAGAAGAUCUAUCCGGGCUUACCCUCGGUGAAGCUCACCGCACAGGUUGCAGCGGAACGCUUGGCCAAGAAGCCGACACCUGUGAAGCGUCCACUGGUGGCGGUCGUGGGGCGCCCCAACGUUGGUAAGUCCACUUUGGUGAACCGCAUCUGCGAUGUGCCUGACGUGAUCGGCGGCAUCACGCAUGAUGAAAUCAGCGUGACGCACGACCGGACCUAUAAGCAGGCAGAGCACACGGACGAUUGCGGAGACACCUAUCUCUUCGAUGUGGUGGAUGCUGGCGGCAUGGUCUUCGAGGAUUCCUUAGAAACGGUGACCUUUCAGAAUGAGAUCAAGUUCCAGAUUGAUGUGGCCCUGCGCGAGGCCUGCGCUGCAGUCAUGGUGGUGGAUGGCAACGUGGGCGUCACCAGCGACCACCUCAAAGUGGCAGAGUAUUUGAAGAAGACCUACAUCAGCAAAGGCCUGCGGGUGGUUCUGGCCGUGGCCAAGUGCGAUCGUUUGGAGUCCAUGGACAUCAAGGUGUAUUGCAAGGCCGGGAUGGAUGGAAUGGCAAGACUGCAAGACAUCGCCAGCACCGAGGACUCCGAGUUUCACACCGAGUACCAGGACUUCGAGCAGCUCUCAGUCCACGCCCAGGCGAAGGUCUCCAAGAUCUCUUGCCCAGACUCCAUCUCUACGCGGGACUCCAACACCGAGCAUCCUGACCUCUCACUGAGUGCCCCACUCGAUGUCACCAACUUGCGCGAUGCGAGUGAGGGGGCCUCACCCGCCACGGAGCUUUCUCCGCUCCGGAGAAUUUCAUGGGCAGAUGAGGACGAGUCAGAGGUCCAUUUGCUGGAGCUCUUCGCCAAGCCAGGAUGA